UAAUAAUUCUGAUGGAAUGAAUCCACAUCGACUAAUUCAAUUGAUCAAAUCACAAGAUGUUAUCGAGUUAUUUAGUUUGUCAACGACGAUUAUUGCAGCCUAAAUAUUUUCAUCAGUUUCUUUGCAGACACGUUGCCUUGAAUAGUCAGAAUGAAAAAAAACGUGACAUCGAGGAGAUAUAUCAGAAAAAAAGUCAAUUGGAACACAUUUUGUUGCGUCCAGAUACCUAUAUUGGUUCGGUGGAAAAAGAAACCAAGCAAAUGUGGGUAUAUGAUAGCCAAAGAGGAAUGGUAUUGCGUGAUGUUUGCUAUGUGCCCGGAUUGUAUAAAAUUUUCGACGAAAUUCUCGUCAAUGCUGCUGACAAUAAAAUUCGUGACCCGAAAAUGAGCUGUAUCCGUAUCGAUAUCAAUAGCCAAGAUAAUGAAAUAAGUGUCUACAAUAAUGGCCGUGGUAUACCUGUCACCAUACAUAAAGAGGAAAAACUUUACGUUCCCUCAUUGAUUUUCGGUCAUUUACUAACAUCAUCCAAUUAUAAUGAUUCUGACAAAAAAGUUGUCGGUGGUCGUAAUGGUUAUGGUGCUAAACUGUGUAAUAUUUUCAGCACCAUGUUCAAAAUUGAAACUUCAUCUCGCGAAUAUAAUAACUGCUUCACCCAAGUAUGGAAAGAUAAUAUGAAAGUUACUGAAGAGCCAAUCAUACGACCAGCCAAAGGUGAAGAUUUUACUCGUGUAACAUUCAAACCGGACUUGAAAAAAUUCAAUAUGUCACAUUUGGAUAAGGAUAUUGUCGAUUUGUUCAGCCGUCGAGCAUAUGAUGUUGCCGGUUCAUCGAAGGGAGUAAAAGUUUUUCUUAACGGUGAAUGUCUUCCUGUUCGUGGAUUUCAAAGCUACAUCAAUUUGUUCAUCAAGGAUAAAGAAGACGAAAAUAAUGAACCAUUGAAAUUGGCACAUGAAGUUGUUAAUGAUCGAUGGGAAAUUGGCAUAGCAUUAAGUGAUAAAGGUUUCCAGCAGAUUAGCUUUGUCAACAGUAUUGCUACAACACGUGGUGGUAAACAUGUUGAUCACGUUGCCGAUCAAAUCAUUGCUAAAUUGAUCGAAAAUGUCAAGAAAAAGAGUGGAAAAUCGAAAGUAGAUCUUAAACCACAUCAGAUACGUAAUCAUUUAUGGAUUUUUGUCAAUUGUCUUAUCGAAAAUCCCACAUUCGAUUCGCAAACAAAAGAGACAAUGACAUUGCAAAGUAAAAAUUUUGGUUCCAAAUGCACCCCAAGUGAAAAAUUUUUCCAAUCCACCAUGAAAAUUGGUAUUGUCGAUUCGAUUCUUACCUGGAUUCGUUUCAAACAGCAAACCGAAAUGGAUAAAAAGUUGAGUUCGAAGAAGAUCAAUAAACUGAAAGGUAUACCCAAAUUGGAGGAUGCCAAUGAUGCUGGCACGAAAAAUUCGCUGGACUGCACAUUGAUCUUGACCGAAGGUGAUUCGGCCAAAUCAUUAGUUAUCGCUGGCUUCGGUGUUGUUGGCCGUGAUAAAUUCGGUGUGUUUCCAUUGCGUGGUAAAAUGUUGAAUGUACGUGAGGCAACUCAUAAACAAAUCAUGGAGAACGCCGAGAUUAAUAGUCUGGUGAAAAUUCUUGGUCUGCAAUACAAGAAAAAGUAUAACACCAUUGAAGAUCUGAAAACACUUCGAUAUGGUAAAUUGAUGAUCAUGACCGAUCAGGAUCAGGAUGGUUCUCAUAUCAAAGGAUUGCUCAUCAAUUUUAUCCAUUUCAAUUGGCCAUCUUUGAUCAAAUUGAAUUUUCUCGAAGAAUUCAUCACACCCAUUGUCAAGGUUACCAAAGGUAGUUUCAAACGAGCAUUCUAUUCGUUACCCGAAUUUGAAGAAUGGAAGCAGGAAACACCAAACUAUAGAACAUACAAGAUAAAAUACUACAAAGGUUUGGGUACUUCCACAUCGGAAGAGGCAAAGGAAUAUUUUUCCGACAUGAAACGUCAUCGUAUCAAAUUCCGUUAUGAUGAUGAUGGUGAUGAUAAAGCAGUUGAAUUGGCAUUCAGUAAAAAAAUGGUCGAAGCUAGAAAAGAUUGGCUAACAUCCGGCAUGGAAGAACGUCGACGACGACGUGAAAAUGGUGAAAAAGAAAUCUAUCUCUAUGAACACAAUACACAUGAAGUGACCUAUAAAGAUUUCAUCAACAAAGAAUUGAUUCUCUUCUCCAAUAUGGAUAACGAACGUUCCAUACCAUCGUUGGUUGAUGGAUUCAAGCCUGGCCAGCGUAAAGUGAUCUAUACUUGCUUUAAGCGUAAUGAUAAACGUGAAGUUAAAGUUGCACAAUUGGCUGGAUCGGUUGGUGAAUUGAGUGCCUAUCAUCACGGUGAAAUGUCAUUGAUGUCGACCAUUAUCAAUUUGGCGCAGAAUUUCGUUGGAAGUAAUAAUAUUAAUCUGCUAGAACCGCAUGGUCAAUUUGGUACCAGACUUCAAGGUGGUAAAGAUGCGGCUAGUCCUCGUUACAUUUUCACAAUGUUGAGUCCAUUGGCGAGAAAAUUAUUUCCACCAUUGGAUGAUCCAUUAUUGGCUCAUCUCUAUGACGACAAUCUUCGAAUCGAACCGGAAUACUAUGUUCCAAUUAUUCCGAUGGUUUUGGUGAAUGGUGCCGAAGGUAUUGGUACUGGUUGGAGCACUAAAGUUCCCAAUUAUGAUCCACGAGCCAUUGUCGAUAAUAUUAAACGGAUGAUUCGCAAUGAAGAACCUGUUGAAAUGAAUCCAUGGUACAAAGGUUUUAGAGGUACUGUAGUCAAAGUAGAUCCAAUGAAAUAUGUUAUCAAUGGCGAAGUUGCCAUAUUGGAUGAACGUACUAUUGAAAUUACCGAAUUACCAGUGCGUACCUGGACACAAGUAUAUAAGGAAUCCAUUUUGGAGCCCAUGUUACAUGGCACAGAAAAAAGUCCAGCCCUUAUCAACGAUUACAAAGAAUAUCAUACCGAUACUACCAUCAAAUUUCUAGUACAAAUGAAUGAAAGUUCAUUGGAAAAAGUGAUGCGCGAAGGAAUUCACAAAGAAUUUCGAUUACAAACGUCCAUGUCUAUUUCAUCGAUGGUUUUGUUCGAUAAGAAUGGCAUUAUCCGACGAUACGAGUCGUCUUUGGAUAUCUUACGAGAAUUUUUCCCAGUUCGUCUGGAUUUUUAUGUUCGACGAAAGAAAUACUAUGAAGGUAUGCUUGAAGCUGAGGCAUUGAAACUUGAAAAUCAAGCUCGUUUCAUUCUGGAGAAAAAUGAUAAGAAAAUCAUCAUGGAAAACAUCAAGAAGAAGGAAUUUCUCAAAGUUUUGCUCGAACGAAAAUAUGAUUCGGAUCCAGUGAAAGCUUGGCGUAAAAAAUAUAAUAUCGAUCAAAAUGAUACUGAAUCAGCCAACAAUGACAACGAUGAAGAAGUCGACGAACAAGAAACAGAAGAAGAGAAAAAAUAUGAUUAUGACUAUCUCAUCGAUAUGACCAUGCGAACCAUGUUGAGAGAAAAUGUUCAAGAAUUGUUGAAAAAACGUGAUGCUAAAAAAUCUGAACUCGAAGAUCUGAAACGUUCAACACCGCAAAUGCUAUGGGAAAGAGAUUUGGAUUCAUUCGUCGAAGAAUUGGAUCGGGUUGAAAAAAUGGAACGGGAAACUGCAAUGAAAGGUAUUAAGCCAAAAAAAUCGGCCAAAAUCACUGCAAAAGGGUUGAAACUUACAAACAUUGCCGACAUCUAUAAACCAAGUGAACAGGCUGAUCGUAUUGAACCGAAAAUCGAUUUUGAAAAAUAUCAGCCCAAAAAAGAGAAAAAAGAACGGGUUAAAAAGUCCACCAAUUCAAACAAAGAUAAGAAAAAGGAUAAUCAAUCUGAUGAUGGAAAAUCUCCCGAAAAUCAAAAAACAAUUACGGCCAUGCUUGGAGCUGUUGCUGCUGCAGUUGCUAAAACUGAUAAAAAAUCAAAUGCCCAAAGUGAUGAAGAUGAUGAUGAUGAUGUGGUGGAAAUAAAGCCUAAACAGCCUGCCAACAAGUUGAAACUUAAACAGACGACAAUCAAUUUUGGUAAAGCAAAAGAUACCAAGUUGAAAACAUUUGAAACUAAACAAUCCUCGUCGACCAAUAACGAUAAACGAAAAUCUGAUGAAUUCGAUGACGAAGUUAUUGAAAAACCGAAAAAAACCACUGCCAAUAAAAAACACAAAUUCAUCAUAUCGAGCGAUGAGGACGAGGAUUCUUUACAAGAAUUGCCAACACCGUCACCCAAGCCAUCACUCCGUGCUCGUAGAGUAACGAAUUACAAACAAAUAUUGGAUAAUGAUGAUGAUUCAGAAGAUGAUUAUGAUGAUGGCGACGAUGAUGACACUGUUUUGUCGGAUGAUUUAAUUGAUAUUGAUGAUUAACAUUAGCAAUUGAUUCACUUUUUUAAAAUAAUAAAAGCAAUUUUUCUAAUAAUCGA